CUGAUAAUACGCUGACAUUGUUGGCUAACUUGGCUAGCCGUUAGCUUUGUGCUGUCGUUCGCUUGUCAACUAAACGCUACUGUAGCAGUUUAUCGACACGAUGCUAACAGUUGUUAGCCUCCAGCUUUACCUAGCGCUCCAGGUGACAAUAGAGCGGAGAGAAUUGAUGAUAUUGCGUUUAGCCUGUUUGUGUCCCGCUGCCGGUGUUUACUUGUUUUCGAAACUCCAUUCAGACAACUGCCCAGCAAAGUUAACCAAAGCUGACUGUUUGUAAAGGUUAUGUUAGCUAUCUGUUUAUAACUGGCAGCGGGUGACAUUUGGAAACGCUUUGACACCUGAGCUAGCACGUCUACACAGCUCAUCAUUAUCUGUGCCAUCACCAUCAUCUGGACUGUUGUUGUUGGAUUGGAUUUGGAGUUUAUUAACACUGAAACUUGACUAGCCCCCCUGGCCUGUGGCAGUUUCUCUUUGAGCACGGAGGGGUCUGAGUGAAGGCUGAAAGAUGGUCUGAUGGACCGCCGCUUCUUCCUGACCUUCCUCUUCUGCUCAGUGUCGUGGAUCUUCUUCUGGGAAGUGCGCUGGAAGAAAGGAAAAGAGAGUCAGAUUGAGGAAUGGCUCCAAGGACAUAGCCUCUCUCAAUACAGGCACUUGUUUGAAGAUGUACAGACACUGGAGGAACUGAGUCUGAGUGUAUUGAGUCGUCUGGAAGAGGUGGUGAAGGAACAGCAGCGCUGGAGGGAAAUUGCAGAGGCCCACAUCCAGCUGCUCCGAGACUUUGCCUUCCAGGAGUGGCUUUGCUCCCAGAACCUGGAGCACUAUUACCAUACACUGAAGACCUUGGGUUGUAUGAAUCUGGAUGAUCUGUCUCAGUUUGACAGUCAGCUGCAGCUGUCUCUAGCUGCCUGGGGUUACUACUACGAAGACUACAUUAAGUUGUCCACAGGCAUCAAGAUCCUCCAGAACUCCAGGGGGAGUCGUGACCAGGACUACGAGAUCCGGCUGGUGCACAGCCUUACAGUGAGGCGUCUGAAUGAGAAGUGGACAAUUGCGGGAGCUCUCAUAUUUGGCUGUACUGUGGCGCUGUGCUUCUUGAUAAGGGACCUCAUGUUUUACGUGAUUGGUGGAAUUACUGUUUCCAUCAUAGCGUUUGUCUUCACCAUCAAGUUCCUCUGUGAGCUUGCAGCGCGGGUGGUCAGCUUCCUGCAGAAUGAGGAUCCAGGGCGACGCGGUGACCGCAGCAUCUAUGACUAUGUCCGGGGAAACUACCUGGACCCACGUUCCUGCAAGGUGUCUUGGGAUUGGAAGGAACCGCAGGAAGUGGGGCAGACUAUGAGCUUCAGAGUCCAGCUGUUCUACAAGAAUGGCCAGCCUUUCCCGGCCCACCGGCCUGUUGGGCUGAGGGUCAACAUCACCCACAUUGAAUUGGCUCUGGACAUCCCUGUUACACAGGAAGUUCUGCAAGAACCAGAGUCCAAUGUAGUCAAAGUGGCCUUCACAGUGCGUAAGGCCGGGCGCUAUGAAGUUGCUGUCAAGCUGGGUGGCCUCAACGUGGCCUACAGCCCUUAUUACAAGAUAUUUCAGCCAGGUACAGUCGUCCCAUCCAAAACCAAGAUAGCCUACCAUUUCUCCACCCUGGUGCUAACAAACGGCCAGCAGCACACUUUGCAGAUCGAGCCCAGGGACGAGUACGGAAACCCCACCAGUAACUCCACAUCCCUCACAGACGAAGCCAACUACAGCGUCCAUGUGCACUCUCUGGGCACGGUGGAUGAUGACAGUCUGGAGGAGUAUUACAGUAAGUCAGUGUCACUCAACAAGCAGCAGUGCCAGGUUCUGCUGAGACUGACUCUGAGGAAGACGGGCUGUUUCAGGGGCCGAAUCUCCUACAAGGAUCAACCGCUCAGCAACGGGGAAUUUGACAUUAUUGUUCUCAGUGAGAAUGAGAAGGCCUGUGUGGAGAAGAAUGUGUCCACUCCAGGCAUCAGUAUCUACUUUGAGGCGUACCUUUACAGCAAUGGGAACUACAGUUCCUCAUGGCAGUUACCAGCCUCCUCUUUGCUGGCUCCCCAGAGGAGGCCCUCCAUGGGAGAAGAGGAGGACGAGCACGACUCUCCUGUGGAGGGACAACCUGAGAAGGUCAAGAAACCAAAAAAGGUCUACUGUUACAUAUCGCCAAAGCAACUAUCCGUGAAGGAGUUCUACCUGAAAAUAAUUCCGUGGCGCCUUUUCACCUUUCGAGUAUGUCCAGGAACGAAGUUUACCUAUUAUGGUCCUGACCCAGUUCACAAGUACCUAACUCUAGUGGUGGAUGAUGGGAUACAGCCUCCUGUGGAGCUCAGCUGCAAAGACAGGAACAUCAUGGCCGCCACCUUCAUUCGCUUCCUGCACAAGAACAUUGGUGGCUCUGAAACGUUCCAAGACAAGGUGAACUUCUUUCAACGUGAACUCAGGCACAUCCACUCUAAGAGACCUCGCACCAAGACCUGCCUAAAAAUCACCCGACACUCCAUUCUGGACUCAUCCGUGAAGGCUACAAGGAACUUCUCUGUGUCAGACUGGAGUAAGAACUUUGAGGUCGUGUUUCAGGAUGAGGAAGCUCUGGACUGGGGAGGGCCUCGUAGGGAGUGGUUUGAGCUGGUGUGUAAGACCCUCUUUGACACCUCCAACCAGCUGUUCACCCGCUUCAGCGACAACAACCAGGGCCUGGUGCACCCAAACGCUGACCGGCCACCCCACCUGCGUCUGAAGAUGUAUGAGUUUGCAGGUCGCGUCGUAGGGAAGUGCCUGUACGAGUCUGCUCUGGGUGGAGCCUACAAACAGCUGGUCCGAGCUCGCUUUACACGGUCUUUCUUGGCCCAGAUCAUUGGCCUCAGGAUGAACUACAAGUACUUCGAGACGGACGACCAGGAGUUCUACAAAACUAAAGUCUGCUUCAUCCUAAACAAUGACGUGAGUGAAAUGGACUUGGUGUUUGCCGAGGAGAAGUACAGCAAGUCGGGACAGCUGGAGAAGGUGGUGGAGCUGAUAUCAGGGGGAGCUCAGAUCGCUGUUACCAAUGAAAACAAGAUGCAUUAUCUCAACCUGCUGGCCCAGUACAGACUGGCCAGCCAGGUAAGAGAUGAGGUGGAACACUUCCUGAAAGGUUUGAAUGAACUGGUUCCAGAAAACCUGCUAGCCAUAUUCGAUGAGAACGAGUUGGAGCUGUUGAUGUGUGGCACCGGUGAUAUAAACGUACAGGACUUCAAGGCCCACGCUGUGAUUGUCGGAGGAUCGUGGCACUUCAGAGAGAAAGUGAUGAAGUGGUUCUGGGCUGUGGUUUCCAGCUUCACGCAGGAGGAGCUGGCCCGUCUGCUUCAGUUCACCACCGGCUCCUCUCAGCUUCCCCCUGGGGGAUUCAACACCCUUUGCCCCUCCUUCCAGAUCAUCGCUGCCCCCACACACAGCACCUUGCCCACUGCACACACGUGUUUUAACCAGCUGUGCCUCCCUACGUACGACUCCUAUGAGGAGCUGCACAAGAUGUUGAAGCUGGCCAUCAGUGAGGGCAGCGAGGGCUUCGGCAUGCUCUGACUCCCCCGUCACUGGCACUGUGGUUCCACUCGUACAAGAGGAGACCAACACUGUCCGCUCCAGUGCACCAGUUUCCUGCAUUCAUCUGCGUUUACCAGUGGACUUCUUGGCAGAGUAUCACCCAGACUCCCUAUAAAUCCUCUCUCAGGAUGAGAGGGCAUUACAGGAAGUCCCCACAACGGCUGUCCUGAAACUGGAACUCAAAUACGAACUUUAGUGCUACUGUAUGUAUAUAAAAUAUCUCGCUUUUGUAUAAAAAACAACAAAAAACAGAAACCAGAAACUGCUGAAAAAGGUGAGGUUUGGGCUAGUUGUAUUUCUUAAUGCUAAAGUUUGCUUAGUUUUAUAUGUUUGAAAGACAAACGAUGCUAGAGCAAAGGCCUUGAGUAUUACUUUAUAACCGCUUCUUUUGCAUUUUGCAAACUGAGGAACACUUAAGUGCAACAGCGGCCUACAUGUGAUGUGGGUGAUGCGUGCAUCUACAGCACUUUGGCCUUAAUCGAUCAGGGACUGACGUGUGUUUGUAAAUAUAUAAUAUCACUCUUUUAUUUCAAUACUUGUACAUAGUAGUGUGUAUAAAUAGGUUUUCAUCUUGUUACCUUUUUUGGUUUGACGUUAAAGGAGAAGGGAUUUUCUUUAUUGUUACACAUUUGGUGGGCGGAGAGUUUAUAUGAUUUCUAUAAGCUUUUUUUUUUCUCUCAGAAAGAAUAGGUUUUAAAAAGAAGCCAAGUAAUUUCUAUUGUUUAUACAUGUUUUUAACUUAUUAUGUGUUGGAAAAAAUAUUUGUGUUGACCCAUACUGUUGAAAUUCUGUUUGUCCAGAGCGGUAAAUGUUUUUGUUAUGUGUUAUAACCUGCCUUAUUCAUGCCCUUUGCCUCGGAUUGUAUCCAGAGAGGUGCGUAGGUGAGAGAAGCGUAGUCGGCACACAGUAAUAGGUAUAUUAUGACAUUUCUACUUGUACAUGCAGGGGUCACUGAGGAUGUUGGGGAGAGCCCAUAUAUAACUUUUUGUUAUAUAUGCUGUCUGGUUUUUACUUUUACAUUCACAGCCUUUUAUGGGUUUACCUCAAAAUCUCCUAUGCCACCUGUUCACCCUCUGACACAGGUAUAUAUGUGCUCAAGCACAUGUAUGUUAAAGUUUGUUCAUAGUCGCCUCCUUCCAGUCCUCCAAACUUUAGCCAUAUGAUCCCACAACCUCAGCAAACCGAAGCAUUAUAUCAAUGCAGAUUAUGUCCCUGUUUGUUUUUCUGUACGUUGUUGUAAAACUAUUUAUUUUUAAUGCUGUUAGUGUCGUUAUAUCCUGAGCCAACAGAGUUGUUUUCUCUUUUCUGCUCAGAAUCGUGUAGCAGUUCCUUUGCUGUUCCAGUUUACAUGUUCAUUAGCCAUUUUAUACUAGUGUGUGCUGCCAGUCAGGGUGUUGUAGAGCAUUUAGGAAACUCUUGUUCAGACUCGGAAGCAAAAGGAAAGCGUCAAUGGACGAUUCUUCUCAAUAGUAUUUUGAUUUGAAUACGUUCCCCUACAAAGCACUCUGGAUGCAGUUUCACUUCUCACAUCAUUCUCACAGUCCAACUCGGCCACUAAGAGAUUUAACUUUGUUAUUGUUGAAUGGCAAAGAUGUCACGUUUUGACUGAAAGUUGCAGCAGGUUAGGAUUAACUGUGCUGGCUCACCAGAUCCAAUUACAGCGUCCGCUCGGGAUUCGAUGAGCAUUUGCUUGUGCUUUAGUUGGCCUUUUACAGUGUUAAGAGGUUUAUAAGAGGGUUUGUGUUUGUUUGGGUUGUGCAAUGUUGAUCUGAUGUACUGACAACACUGGAAGAAAAAAAGUGCUUAUGAAAAUGUUUCAUUAAGGGUGUGUUCUCAGCACCAGUACCAAUGGCUGAUAUAUUUACCAGACGUAAAAGUAGUUGAAGCAUAACGUGUUAGUUGUUCCAUUAGAUAUGACCAUUAUUAAAAUAAGAAGGAGGUCUGUCCUGUAGUUUUAUGUUUUUGGUAAAUGUUUUUGCUUUUCACGAGCAUCUACUCUGUUUUAUGUUCGGAUUGUUUCUGGGUUAGAUGGCCUGAGUGUGAUUUUUAGCAAUGUAGAUAUUGUGAAAUAUUCGCCUAUGACUUUGAAGCUGGGAAACUUUUUUUCUUUUCUUUUUUUAAUGGCAAGCCUCUACUGACGAAUGUUUGAGAUUCUCUGCACUGCAGGUCCUUUGUUUAUGGGAAUAAAAAAUGAUGGACUAAAUUC